GAGGCUCUAAAAGAAGAGAGUGAAAAGAAUAAAGCGAGGGAGAAAUCUCUGAAAAGAAGUGAGGACACUGCUAAUGUUUUUCUCAUCCAAAGGGGACAUAAACUGGGACUUUGGACAUUGUGGAGAAUUUGCAAGGCUUUUUUUGUUUCCGCGAGCAGCAAAAGUUUGUUUGGGACGACGCUUUUUCUGCUGUAUAUUUUAAUUUUAAUGCGCCCAAUUUCAUCCCAGUGCAAAACUUUCCAAGCGGACUGCACAUGGUUUCAAAGGGCUUUUGAAAAACGUGGGAUUUUAUCGCCGAUUUUCAUGCACAGUUUGAAGUAGAAUGCUGUAAAUUCAUGCGGAUUUUAUCCAGUUUUCUGCGGCUGUUUUUGAAGCUUUUUUGCGUUUUUACGCACGCCAAGAAGCUCCCCAUACUUUUAAAGUUUGAAUAAUUCAUGAGAUACAAUUUGCCUGCUCGAAAGAAGUGACUGUAAAAGAGGGAGGGGGGUUAUCCACAAACAUAUUCAUAAGGGUUGACGGAAUGGCCACCGCGGCUUCCAAUCCUUAUCUGCCCAGCAAUAGCAUCUUAUCGUCCGGCUCCAUCGUGCACUCUGACUCCGGAGGUGGUGGCAUGCAGCCGGGCAGCGCUGCGGUUACCUCGGGGUCUGGGGGCUACAGGGGAGACCCCUCGGUCAAGAUGGUGCAGAGUGACUUUAUGCAAGGCGCAAUGGCAGCGAGCAACGGGGGACACAUGCUGAGCCAUGCCCACCAGUGGGUGACAUCGCUGCCGCACGCCGCAGCCGCAGCAGCAGCAGCCGCCGUGGCUGCAGCUGAAGCCGGAUCGCCGUGGUCGUCGAGUCCCGUGGGGAUGACGGGCAGCCCGCAGCAGCAGGACGUGAAAAGCUCGAGAGACGAUCUGCACACGGGCACCGCGCUGCACCACAGGCCCCCUCACUUAGCCCCACACCAGACUCACGCCGGGGCUUGGGGGAGCACCACGGCCGCGCACAUCAACUCCAUCUCCGGGGGACAGCAGCAGCAGCAGUCGCUCAUCUACUCCCAGCCUGGAGGCUUCACUGUGAACGGGAUGCUCAGCCCGGGGAGCCAGAGCCUGGUGCACCCAGGCUUGGUGAGAGGGGACACCCCAGAUCUGGAGCACGGCAGCCACCACCACCACCAUCACCACCAGCACCCUCACCACCAGCACCACGGCGGCGUCAACCACGACCCGCACUCGGACGACGACACGCCGACUUCAGACGACCUGGAGCAGUUCGCCAAGCAGUUCAAGCAGCGGAGGAUCAAACUGGGCUUUACGCAGGCGGACGUCGGCUUGGCUUUAGGCACCUUGUACGGGAACGUUUUCUCUCAAACCACCAUCUGCAGAUUCGAGGCUCUGCAGCUCAGCUUCAAGAACAUGUGCAAGCUGAAGCCUUUGUUAAACAAGUGGCUGGAGGAGGCUGAUUCAUCCACGGGCAGCCCAACAAGCAUCGACAAGAUCGCUGCGCAAGGGAGGAAGCGAAAGAAGCGCACGUCCAUCGAGGUGAGCGUCAAGGGAGCUUUGGAGAGCCACUUCCUAAAAUGCCCCAAACCUUCAGCGCAGGAGAUCAGCACCUUGGCGGACAACUUGCAGCUGGAGAAGGAGGUGGUUAGAGUGUGGUUUUGCAAUAGGAGACAGAAGGAGAAACGGAUGACGCCCCCAGGAGUGGCUCAGACGCCGGAGGAUGUGUACUCUCAGGUCGGCAAUGGUCAAUUUUUAGUAGAUUACUUAAAAGAUGAAGCGAGCGACCAGAGGGUGACAACUACAAGUUCAUUCCACCAGAAACAAAGGAGCAGACAUGUUGUAUAUUUCCCUCCUCUUCUUCCACGCCUGACAAUAACACAAGAGUGACAUCCACGACGCUUCCACCAUCAUUUCCCUGCUGAAUUUUUCCUUUCCCCCCUCCACAUGGACUGCAUUUUCAUCCCCAAACACAAAGAGGAGGAUUAUUUUUUUCUCUCCAUCUUCAAGCCCAGAAAGAACAGAAAGCACCCUUUCAAAAUAAACCGCCUGAUCUUGAAAAG